AUGACCAAGACUGUCCAGCUCGACGCUUCCACCGCUGUCCCCGUCCCUGGCUUUGGCGCAAUGGGCAUGUCGGCCUUCUACGGCGAGCACGACGACGACACGUCCAAGCAGACCCUCCGCAAGGCCAUCGAAAUCGGCUGCACGGUGAUCGACUCAGCAUUCGUGUACGGGAUGGGCCACAACGAGCGUCUGAUCGGCGACGUUUUGCGCGAGGGCGACAACCGCAAGAAGGUCUUCCUCAUCAGCAAGUUUGGCAUCGAGAUCAACGACAAGGGCGAGCUCGAGACCGACGGCUCUCCCGAGAACGUCAUCCGCUCGAUCGACCGCUGCAUCGAGAACCUCGGUGGUCUCUACCCGGACGCCUACCUCCAGCACCGCGUCGACAAGAAGACGCCCAUCGAGGAGACGGUUCGCGCCCUCGACGCCGUCCGCAAGGAGGGAAAGACCAAGUACAUCGGCCUGAGCGAGUGCUCGGCCGACACGCUUCGCCGCGCCGCCAAGGUGGCCAAGAUCGACUUUGUCGAGGUCGAGUACUCGCCGUGGGAGCUCACGAUGGAGAAGAACGGCAUCAUCGACGCCUGCAAGGAGCUCGGCGUCAAGAUUCUGGCCUACUCGCCGCUCGGCCGUGGCUUCCUCACCGGUCGGUAUAAGUCGCCCGAGGACUUUGCGACCGCCGAUGGAAGCGACUUCCGCGCGAACCUGCCUCGCUUCGCCAAGGAGAACUGGGAGCGCAACUACCGCAUCGUCCAGGAGUUUGAGCGCGUCGCGGCCAAGAAGGGCUGCACGCCGGCGCAGCUCGCGCUGUCGUGGCUCAUCCACCAGGGCGACAACAUCAUUCCGAUCCCGGGCACCAAGUCGUCCAAGUACCUCGUCGAGAACUUUGCGGCCACGUCGGUCGACCUGUCGCCCGACGAGCUCGCCGAGGUGCGCAAGGUCAUCGAGGACAACCAGCCGGUCGGGACGAGGUACGCCGAGUCGCAGAUGGCGUCGCUCGAGGGCUGAGGGAGGGCCGGACGCGUGCGGGAGUGCUCGGUCGCCCGGCGAGGUUGCCGACCAGGAGCGACGAGCGAGAAUGAGCUGUACAGAGCGCAAUGAAAAGCAGUCCAUGUUGAG